UCUGUAGAAGGAUAUAUACACUGAAGUGAAGCAGAAGAUUUGAGUUAAAGUGGAGAAUAUGAGAAGCAGAGAUGAAUAAGAGCAAGAAUGAGGAGAAAAUGAAUGAAUUUUUUUUUUUAUAGAGAACGUGAGUGAAAGAAUGAGAAGAUGUGAAAAUAUAUGAACAAGAGUGAUGAACAUUUUGGUAAUUCAAUGAGAAAUGAUGAAAGGAUACGAUCAGCAGAAAAAUAUACGAGCAAAGGUCCAAUAUUAAGAAUUAACAACAUGAAUAACAAUUCACAAUCCAUGAGUAAAUGAGUGAAAGUUAUAAGUAACAACGAAGGACUCAAAGGGAUUGGAGUAACGAGUAAUGAGAGUAAAGAAUAUGAAUAAACAGGGAAAUACACUAGUUAUGAUAAAAGAAUGUGAACAACGCUAAAUGAAAUGUGAUAUGUCAACAAUAUAAGAGGGAAAUGGAAAAUAAAUAAGAAAUAGAGAUGCAAUGAAGUUAUACAACAUUGACGGAAAUGAGUGUGGGUGUAAGUUAAGAGUAGGAUAUGAAUAACAGUGAAAGAUGAUAAUAGAGAAAGCGUGUAGCAGUGACAUAAAAGUAUCAUGAAAAUUAAAGUACAGUGAAAAGUGAAAGGAACGGUUUAUGUGGAAAGUAGAAAUAGAAGUGAGAUAUAGGGAUAGAAGUGGAAAAUAUGAGUAAUAGUAAAGGAUUAGUAAUGAGAAUAUGAGGAACAGUGACGAAUAUGAGUGACAGUGAAGGUGAUGAGUAGCAGUGAAAUUCGUGAACAUCAGUGAAUGAAUGGUUUUAGCAUCGAUGAAUAACAUGAAUAACAGUGAGUAUAAGGACGUGAGUAGGAUGAAUGAUAUGUUCAGGGAAAUAAAUAAGAAUGAAGAAAUACGCGUAACCAUAAAGAAUAGUAUGAAUCAAAAAGAAGAAGAACAAGAAGAAGAAGAAGAAAACAAAACAGAAAAAUAAAGCAGUUAGAAUACUUUAAGGAAAAAAAAAAAAAAAAAAAAAAAACAUCAUUCAUAAUCUGCCUUGUAUGAAAGCCUCAGUAUCGAGACUUCAAGAUCAUAUAUAAACCAGUAUCCAAUAUUUAUAACUCGGAUUGAAUAGAAGCAGCUUUCAUUUGAGGUCCGAUGUAUUUGAUGGAGAAUAAGAGAGAAAACGUAUAAAUGAUUUAAUCUUAGUACUUGGGACUUAUUAUCUAAAAUUUUGUUUUGUUGAUUUUCGUCCAAGAAUUAUCGUUUAUAUGUAUAUCUUUUUUAAACAGUUUUUUAUUUUUAAUAUUAGUUUUUAAACAUUUAUUGUUAUUAUCUUAACAAGCACUCAAAAAUAUACAUGUACUUUACUCUACUGUAUAUGAUAAUGAGGUAUUAAACAGAAAAAUCGAAUUCAUCAACCCAGACGCAUUAAGAUUACAUAAAUAAUCCAGUGCUUAUGAAUAAUGAGUUGUUCAUGUUGGUGAUAAACAAGACAAAUAGAAUCAGCUAUGCAGUAUUACGCACAUCAUUUCCUCGGGUGUAUCGCGAAGAUGGAUGGACUAAGAAAAGAAAUAACCUGAGAAAUUAUCUAAGACAAUUCUAAGAAAAGAAGAAAAAAAAAAACACGUUUGUGGUGAAUUUCGUUAGAAUGGGAACCAAGUCGCGAUCAAAGCAAUUUUACGAUAACGAGAGGGCUUGGGUGUCGUUCUACACGUCGCAGGUAGUUGACCAAGAUGACCUGGAUGACGGUGACUUCGACUACCUCGGAGGGCCACGCCGCCCCUCGGGUGAGUCUCCUCGCCCCCGCUCCCCCUCCUCCCCCGCCGCCCUCAGGGCAACGGGCAGGAAUUCCCGCCGCGUGAGCCUUAUCCCUGGGGAAGCCCUGGAGCAAGCUCACGCCUCUCUCGCACUCGCUGCUUUGACACAAGUGCAUGAACAAGCCCAACAAAAUGCACAACUGCAUGAUCAGUCUCAGCAUAACAAGGCGCCGAGAGAGAAGCCCCCUGUCAUCAAGUCCAAAACGACCGACGAGGGCGGCGGGGGAGGCGAGCCGGGGGGCCAUCACGUGGGCGCCGUCACCACCGACUCCUCGCCGAUAAGGAUGAAAUCAAACCAAAGAUGGCUGAAACUCAGGACCACCGUUCAGCUCUCGGGCGCCCUCUCCUCGUCCAUGAACCGGGCCAAACCACCGCUCAAGCGAGAGGACUCCUUCAUCAAGAGGUUCUCCACACGACAGAUAGCCGAGCUUCAGGACACCGUCGACCAGACAGAUGAGGAGGACGUUAGUAAAAAUUCCACCGGAUCUCCAAAGGUUCGAAAAAAGAAGAGGCAACGGCAACCAAGAACAGUUAUCAAUCCCUAUGGAAACGUUUUCUUCUAUUGGUUGUGUAGCCUAACUAUCUGCGUCCUGUAUAACCUGUGGACGCCCAUAGUGAGACAAGCCUUUCCGGACCUUCAGAGGAAACCGCAGCCCAUGUGGUACCUGCUCGACGGGCUAACCGAUAUCGUGUUCGUGGUGGACAUCUUCGUACAGUUUCGGACGGGCUAUCUAGAACAAGGUCUUAUAGUGUACGACUUUAAGAAGCUGGCAAGACACUACAUGCAGUCCAAAAGUUUUAUGCUGGAUAUAGUGUCACUUGUACCUUUAGAUUUUUUACAAAUAGUGAUCGGUCCGCAGCCGUUAAUAAGAUUUCCAAGAUUCAUCAAGGUGUACCGUGUCUAUAACUACUACUACAUGGUAGAAUCGAGGACACUCUACCCCAACAUGUGGCGUGUCGUCAACCUCAUCCACAUCCUGCUUCUCCUCGCUCACUGGUUCGGCUGUUUCUAUUACAUGUUAUCGGAGGCUGAGCAGUUCGUAGGGGAGUGGACCUACCCUUAUGACAGUAGUCCUGAUUUUCAAACGUUAUCAAGAAUGUAUCUGGGAUCGGUAUACUGGUCAACGCUCACCCUCACUACUAUAGGGGACCUGCCGACGCCGGAGACAAACAGGCAGGUUUAUAACCUGAGCCGGCAGAGCUGGGGUCCGCGCCCGCAGCCCCUGGUGGACCCCAGCUUCCCCCGGGCGGGCCCCUACGGCGGCCAGGUAAAGGAGGGCCGCUUGCACGCCGGCCCGACGAGUCCGGAUCCUGACCCGGGGGGCACCGCCCUCGGGCCCGCCCCUAAGCUCGCUGCCGCCCACUCGUCACCUCGUCCCCGACCAACUGACGGUGGCGGUGAUGGUGACGAUGACGAUGACGAUGACGAUGAUGCUCGAGGCGUGAGCCCGGCCCGCCCUCACCCGUUCCGAUCCAGUCCGCCCACCAGCGGCCGGCCCAGCCCCGACGGCCCGGGCGGCGGCCAGGGGGGGGAGCCUGAGCCCCCCAAGCCGGGGGGGCCGCGCGCCCUGCCCCGCCGCGGACUCAAGUCUCGCCUCCUGAGGAUCAAAACCAACGCCGGAUAUAUUUUUACCAUAGUUAGCUACCUGAUAGGAGUCUUCAUCUUCGCUACUAUAGUCGGUCAAGUAGGCAACGUUAUAACGAAUCGCAAUGCAAACAGAUUGGAGUUCGAGAGAUUAUUGGACGGAGCCAAGCUGUAUAUGCGGCACCACAAGGUUCCAAGAGCGAUGCAAAGGCGUGUACAACGAUGGUAUGAUUAUUCGUGGUCUCGGGGAAGGAUACAAGGCGGCGGGGACAUCAACACCGCCCUGGGCCUCCUGCCGGACAAACUCAAGACGGAGCUGGCCCUUCACGUCAACCUCCUCACGCUCAAGAAGGUGAGCAUCUUCAAGGAGUGUCAGCCUGAGUUUCUCCACGACCUGGUGCUCAAAAUGAAAGCCUACAUCUUCACUCCGGGCGAUCUCAUCUGUCGCAAGGGAGAGGUCGCCAGGGAAAUGUUCAUCAUCGCCGACGGCAUCUUAGAAGUGAUAAGCGAAACAGGGAAAGUUCUCACCACAAUGAAGGCAGGCGAUUUCUUCGGAGAAAUUGGAAUCCUUAACUUAGACGGUCUGAACAAGCGAACGGCAGACGUCCGGUCGGUGGGCUACUCGGAGCUCUUCAGCCUCUCGCGAGAAGACGUCCUCAUGGCCAUGAAAGACUACCCGGAGGCCCAGGAAAUCCUCCAAAGCCUGGGGCGCAAGAGGCUGAUGGAGGCGCGCCACCAAGCCUCCAAGUCGGGCUCGUCGGGCUCCAGCAAGCGAGGGACGCCUUCGCCCAACAAGGAGAGUGGCCUCGAGGACAAGAAUGCCAAGAAGAUCGUGAGUCGUCUGCGCUCCGACGUGACCGCCAUCAGGAACGCCUUCAGGAGGAGUAAAGGGACCACCAGGUACACGGAGACAUUGGAACAAGACCAUAUAACAGAGCGCUCAACGGACAAUGAGACCCUCGAACUGGAGCCGCUAACGGCAGAACACCGCGCAAGCCUGGAGGACGAGGCGCCCGUCAAGCGUAUACUGAAGAGGAUCAGCGGCCGCAGCGGCAGCGACUCCUCGACGGGGACGCGCGGCGUGCUCAAGCGGAUGGCCAGGGUCACCAGCGACGAGGUCACGCAGGCUGUGAGUCCGGGGCGGGCGCCGUCCAACGAGGAGCCGCAGGGAGUGCUGGGGGCGGGCCUGCCCCUCCUGCAGCGCCUCAAGCUCCUCAAGGAAAAGGAGGAGAGGGAGGAGAAGGAGAGACAGAAGGCGAAGGAAGAGGAGGAGAGCAAGAAGGAGGAGAAGCCUCCGGAACCGGAAAAGGAGCCAGAAAAGGAGCCGCAGGUCAUCGGGGCGGGGCUUCCGCUCUUCGCCCGCCUCAGGCUCUUGCAAGCUAAGGAAGAAAAGGAGCGGAUAGAGCAGGAGGAGAGGGAGAAGGCCGAGCAGGAGAAGAAGGGCAGCCAGCCGCCCCAGGAAGGCGCCAAGGAAGAGCAUCCCGCGAAGCCGCAGCCGGAGGGACAGGUCAGCGUCGACAAGGAGGGCGCCAAGCCGAGCGAGGCCAAGGCCGAGGUCUCGGAGGCCAAGCCGCGGCCGGGCGGCCUCCUGAAGGGAAGACUCAGGGCGGCGGUGCUAACCAAGGCGCCGCCGCCGACGCUCCCGAUCAUGGAGGUGACGCCGGCGGGAGAGGCCGCCCCGCCGCCGGCGUCGGCCGACAAGGACAAGGCCUCGUCGCCGACCGCCGAGCAGAAGGAGAAGGCCGACGCGGCAGCCAAGCCGACGGCCAUCAAUGACCUGAACAAAGGCGUCGAGAAAAAGUCUCCCGAAGGUGAGAACGGAGAUAGGUUAGGUAGUGAGAAACCCCGAGAACCAAAGGACAUUCACGCGAACAGUAACAGCGUGCAGGGCGGCCAGGCUUUGGAAAGAGCUUUCGGAAAACUUUUAUCGAAAAAGCUAAACACUGCCCCCAAGGAACGGACCAGUCCGACUGUGAUAGAGAACCCGGUAGACGAUGGACUAAAGGUGCAAAAUACAACGAGCAAAGAAAAGAUAAGUCGAAGUGAUAGUUUUAAGCGCGCCAUGGACGAGGGCCUCAUCCGGAGCACGGAGGAGCCGGACCUAAACAUCAAGCCGUGCGAGGAGGCGCGCGAGGCCGAGGCGACUCCCCCGGAGAGCGAGGCCGACGCCCCGACGCCGGAGGCCGCCGACAAGAAGGCCGGGGAGAGCCAGAGCGAGAACGAGGCGUCGCCGCAGAGCGAGGCCAAGGAGAUCGCGGAGGAGCAGGCGCUCGAGGCCGAGAAGAAGCUGGAGGUGGAGGGCAAGGAGCGGCUGGAGCGGCUCAUCAGGCGGUGUGGCAGCGAGCGGAGGAGGAGCAGCUCGCCGAAGCUCGCCCGCACACCGACAUCUCGCCAGCACCACAGGGUCGACUCCCUCAAGGUACCAAGCGACGACGUCUCUCCCCCACUGUCCUCUCCCGAGAGCACCGAGACGCCGGAGAGAAAGUCUUUGAAAAGCAUAUUAAAACGCAUGUCUCGGGAGGACUCCAGAGGAAAUCUUUUGCCCCCUGAUGGUGCUGAUCUCCGGAAACUCAUGAAAGCUCCGACGGUGGAAGGCUUUGUCGCCAGAAGAUCAAAGCUCAGUAAAUCCGUGUCGUUCCAGCGGAAGACCCUCGCCUCGCCGCCGCCGCCAGCUCUUCUGAACGAACUAAAGAGCUCGCAAGUUGAUGGCUCUGGCAACGGGGCUCCCCUUAUUACCUCUGUGUUGCCUUUAGUUCCGUCUAAAGAGUCAGCGAAGGAGAGUCGAAGCGCGACCACGGACGGAGUCAACAAACUUAUGGCAAAGCUUGGUUCCAUGGGGCUGGACGGGUCCCCGGAUACUCAGACUCAGGACCUAGUCUUAGGUGUCAGAAAGAUUCUGAGAGACAAAAUGGAUGACGUAGAAGUUGCUUGGGUACAGCGGGUGGAAGAACUUCAGCAGCAGGUGGCGGCGAGGGACGCGACCAUCCGACACCUGACCCACACCAUCUCGCGGCUCCAGGCGAGCGUGGGGGUAGAGCCCAGGAUAGCCGAGGGCAGCCUUCCCGCCGGAGAACUGGUUCCGUGCCCCUCCAUUAUUAGGUCGUCCUCGUCAGAUGCCAGCUCGGACGGUUCGGACGAUGACGAGCCCCUCUUCAUGAGGUGUAACUCCAUUGAGUCUAUCAUCCACCAGUCUCCCGAGGAGUCUCCCGAGGGCGGCCACGUGCCGCUCGGACCCCGACAAUCAUGGCCAAGGCAAGGUUCCGUGGAACAGGUCGGUCACAGAGCCCAUUUCACUAAGUCGCUCGACGAUCCCCGAACCCACGGCCAGAUCGUGCUUGAUAUCGGAUCCUCCACCGACGAGGAACUCUACUCCUUUGACUCGGAUGAGGACCACGUGAUCUAUGGGGACCUCAUGGGAGACCUUGAGGACAGCUUUGAGAAUGACUUGUCUGGCGCUGAGGAGGAGGACAUCUUCCCUGUGCUGGACGAGGAGGAAGAGGACGAGGACGAGGAUGAGUGUGAUGCUGAACAAGGGGACAGCGGCGAGGCAGAGCUCAGCUCACAAGAUUGGGAAGUCCAACUGCUCGCCAAACAGCUGGCGGAAGAGCAGCGAGGCGUAGCUCGACUGAUUGACCGGGAUAUUGCUGAGGGACGCCUUGACUCAGCUUUGGCAGAGCUUCACGAAGCUCUCGCAUCGGAUAACCUGGGACCUCUCAGUGAUAUUGAUCUUGCAAGGUUAGAGAAAGCUGUCAGACGUGAACGCGAGAAGUUACGUAGAUAUGCUCGUAUGUACAGCUUAGAUGAAAGGCCCGUGUUAGAGGAUCAGUUUACAUCACUAUAUCGCAGCCGAUCUCAACUGCUUCUCAACCGUAGCUCCGAGCUGUGUCGCGCCGGGCCAACUGAGAGGCGACUGUCACUCCUGCUGGAUCAGUUAACCAAGAUGCCCCCAGCAGAGCAGUUCCUCUUGGACCGCCUGGUGUACACCACUGCCCGAAGGCGAAAACUCUCUCGUCAACGAUCCCUUUGCGACGAACAACUCGCCUCUUACGAUACUGCCUGCACUCCAAUCAGUAAUAAAUCAAAAUUCUCCAUGUCUGCCCGCCGGUCGAUGAGCGUGUGCUCUCCACCUCCCGGAUCGGCUCCAACUCCCUUCAGAGAAACGCCUCCCCCCUCGGCCCCCACCUCCGCGCGGGGGUCCACGAGUGAGGGAGGUCCUCCCACGGUGUCGGCAAUGCUGGCUUCCUUGCAGCGCUCAGUGGUGGCCAUUUCCACCCGUGGUCGAGGCUCAACCAGUAGCCAAGGCUCUCACAAAGAAGGAGCCCCGCUUCUACGGCCACCUAGGUAACGCAGCAGUAGCAAUAUGAUGGUCAACUGACCGCAAGUCCACAGUAAUAAGUGACAGGAGCAAUAGCGGCAUUUGCCACAUCUAUCUGACUGCAACAAAACACUAAUCAAAAGUGUUCACAAGCUACAUGAUUAAGUUUUAUGAAAAAAAAAAAACAUAAACAGCUCAGUUUACUCAAUGUUGCAAUGCUUCAAACUGUAUAUCCUAAGUGAAACAAUUCAGUUAUAAAUAAAAGUAUUUGUUUUAUUAUUAUAUGGGCUGUUAUCAUAGAAAAUAAGCUGUUAUACUUCAUCCUCCCAUCAGCAUCAGAUCUGACUACAACUGCUACUGUUACAACUGAUAUUAACGAGACUGCUGCUCUAACGCGGUUGUUUGCUUAGGUAGAUAUAUCUCAAAGGGCUUCACAGUAUAGUAGAGUUUGAUUUCCAGUCACAACAAGCAAUGAAAUAUCCAAUUUAUUCCACAAUCGAAACUGCUCACGAAGAACUGUCAAGGCAGUAGCAGAAAAGCAUGAAAUCCCAACAUAUAACAUGAGGUUUUCACCAGCCUUCAGUAAACUACCUAGCCUACAACUGCGCCAGCUACAUCAACUCCCUCAGUUUUUGCACUUCUUAGCUUGAAUUGUAUUAUCACAAAUUUGUCUCUACAUACCAUACAUCCCUGUAGCCACUAAAGGACGUGGUUCCAGGAGAAAGGCUCGGGUAACAAGGACAUUUCUAAACAUAGAUUUCUUUCUCCUCCAUAAAAAAAUAGUGUUCUUCAUAAACUAGUCAUUUUUCAUAAACAUAUUUCAACAGUAUUUGGAAUAGAUUGUUGUUCCUUCUACUUGAUUUAAAUGAAUUAUGAAAAAAAAUAACACAUAUAAUACAAUGCUCAUAAGGCUUUGAGAUAUAUUAUCAGUGUAAAGCUUCCUACACAGUAUAUAAUACACUCAAAUCAUAGUUCUCUAUAUGCCAAGGAAACUACAAAUACUUUCCAUCCUCAUCCUCAUAUGUAUAUAUUUUAUACACAUGCACAUGCUACAAAUCAAAUAACUUUCAGACCCUUCAGCUGGAAUCUAAGGCAUGUAGUGUGUUAAGGAGGCCUUUGGCAUUCUACCAUUGGAGAAAGGAGACAGACUUUCAUUCCUGAAGUGGAAUUCAUCUCACUCUAUUUCCACCUUACUGACAGUUCCAUCUUAUCUGCAGUUAAUAUAGUUAAAUUAAUGUUAAAUUAAUGAUCAAAGGCUUUGUUGACAUGCCAAUAGAGAACAUGGUAAUAAAGAUAUAUACAUUUCCAUGCAUAUAAUGUACAUAUAUGAAAAAGUAAUAUGUUAAUUUAGAGAAAGAUUAUUUAUGAUGCUAAUUAUUAUGAAAUAUUUGCUUGCAGACUUCAAUAUUGUUUAACAUGAAUAUAAAUCUGUAUGAAAAAAUCCCAAUGUUACAUUUUCACCUACAAAAGAGAAAGUAUGUCAUUUAAGGUAAUUGUGACAGAUUUGCAGUAAAAAUAGAGGGAAAAAACAUCAUUUCAAAAUAAGACUUAUCCCAAGAGACACUUAGUGUACCGCACUUCCAAUCUUGUAAACCAAAAAUAUAACAUAAUUUUUACAUUGGAUAUCCGCAUAAUCUGUCACAAUAGUAUCCUUAAUGAGAACUUUCCUUGUUUGCGUAUUACCUGGCAAACUGUUGAAUUUGCUUUAUAAAUAUGUUGUUUUCUAUACUAUAUGUAAAUAUGGGAAAUAGAUUUAUUUCACUUACAUGGAGA